AUGGGUGCCCUUUCUCCUACCUCCAAAGUCAAGCUUUUCUACCGGACCACGCUGUUUCAGAUUCUGGUCGUCAGCUUAUGUGCAUUCUGUGCGCCCGGUGUCUGGUCCGCCAUGAAUGGCUUGGGGGUUGGGGGCAGCCAGUCUCCAAAUCUCGUCAAUGCCGCCAAUGCGCUCCUCUACGCAUUCAUGACGGUAACUUGUUUUCUGGGGCCUUGGCUUACCAACUUGAUUGGUUUCCGGUGGACGCUUGCUCUAGGUGCUGUAGGCUACCCUCUGUACGCCGCUGGUCUGUAUCUGAAUAAUCGCUGGGGUAUUACAUGGCUAGUAUAUCUGGGCUCAACCACCUGUGGAAUCUCGGCUGGUUUCUUCUGGAGUGUGGAAGGGGCUAUCGCCACGGGUUAUCCGGAACAACACAAGCGUGGUAGGUACAUUGCGACGUGGUUCACCGGUCGCAACCUGGGCAACGUCAUCUCAGGCUCCAUCUCGCUUGCGCUCAACGUCAAUAUUGCACAAAAGGGCCAGGUUUCCUACCAGACGUACCUGGGAUUUAUCGCGAUACAGUGCCUGGGCUUCUUUUUUGGCCUGCUUCUAUCCAAUCCAGAGAAGGUCCAACGCGAUGAUGGUACACAUAUCGAGGCCCCACGAGGUAUCAAUUGGGGUGUUGAGCUUUCAGAGAUGUGGAGACUGGCUCGGAGCCGUUCCAUUCUACUGCUUGUGCCACUCUUCUGGUAUUACGGGUGGAUUCAAGCAUAUCCGGGGACGUACCUUGCUACCUACUUCACCGUACGAUCUAGAGCGCUGGCCAGCCUCAUGACUGCCGUGGUCGGCACAUUGGCUACCUGGGUGGGCGGCUCGUUAGUGGACCUGCCGUGGCACAAGAGUCGGCAGGUCCGGGCUGUCGCUACGUUCAGUCUCAUCGUCGCGGUCAACAGCGCCACCUGGAUAUGGGCCGUUAUAAUCCAGAACGAGUUUCGUCACACCAACCCAACACUCGAUUACGCAGAUCAGACUACCUUCGGCCGUGGCUUCGGCGUCUACAUGCUUGAGCGUGUCAGCCUAGGUCUGGUGGAGAACUAUAUUUACUGGUGCAUCGGCAAUCUGUCAGACUCUCCUGGGCAUCAGAUUAGGUACAGCUCAUUGCUCCGCGGCAUCGAGACAGCGGGUGUGGCCGUUGGCUUUGGGGUACAAGCAGUUCCGACUGCCCUCAUCGCCACAGCAAGCAUCAAUUGCGGGCUUUGGUUCAUUGCUCUACCAUUCAGCUACUACGCAACGCUUCAAGUCGUGCGCAAGUUUCACGAGCAAGAUGUUAAGAAAUAG